UCAGUGUAAGCUCAGGCGGCGAAGCGGAAGUAGAGUCUUUGCUGUCUUGUCUGUUUCUUGUUAUGUCUGACAGCUGUUCUCUUCGCUUCUGUUGAAAUUAACUUUAGUCCAAGAUGAGACGAGCUUACAAUGCUCAGACUGGGCCCUAUGCCUAUGGCCAGUUUGGACAUAACAAUGACACCCAACACCUGAGUGAGGAAAAUGAGGACAUGACAGCAGAAUUAAAAGACAAAGUCAAGGCCUUAAAAUCUUUAACAAUUGAUAUUGGAAAUGAGGUUCGAAAUCAGAAUACUAUGCUGAAUGAUAUGGAUCUUGACUACCACAAAUCGGGUAAUUUCCUGGAGAGAAGCAUGAAGAGGCUCGGCAUAAUUGGCAAAGGGUCCCACAAUUACCACAUGGUCAUUUUGUUUGCCUUUUGCUUUCUUGUAUUUCUCUUGCUCUGGCUGGCUCUGAAGUUUCGGUGAUGAGGCUAGAGGUGCGGAGGCAUCAUUUGUAGGCGUUCCUUUUGGAAAAUGGCGAAUAUUUUAUAUACAGAAACAGUAUGAAAGAUUGAUAUUUUUAGCAGGUUUUGAAACCAUUCAUAGGUCACUAUCCCUCCUCCUUCUCUUUUUUUUCUUUUCUACUUAGAUUUUUAGAACUGUAUCUUGUGAUAACAAAUCAUGUAAGUUCUCCAAGUUUUCUUCUUCUUUCGUAUUUCUGGCUGGCUCUUUAGCUUUGGUGUUCUGGCUAUUGGUGCAUGAGUAUCACCUGUAGCUAUUUUGGUAACAGUUGUUUUUAUAUACAGUGAAGCAGUGUGGAAGAUAUACAUUUUAAUUUGUUUUGAAAUCUGCCUGUCCCUCACAUAUUAGGGCCUCAUAUUUUCUUCUCUUUUUAUCUUCAUUUUAAGAGAGGGCAAGAAAAACUAAUAUUGAAAAGAUAUUAGCAGUUAUUACUCUGUCAGUACGGUACAGGGAUUUUUAAUAUCUGAUAAAGUAACUGUGAUACUUUUCGUCACUUGAUGGAAGUCGGUGUAAUUGCUGGUACUCAUUGAUAAUCACCGAUAAUGUUAAGUGUACAACAUAUUAGUAGUACUACUGGCUUCCUUUAAGGUUUAUUAAUGUGAAUAAAAGUGUGCUGUAUUUCACCAGAUGUAUUCCUUGUCAGACAAGACUGUAACAUGUAUGAUAAUAGGAUUUAUUUGUAGUUCAUAAAUCUCAGUAUGUAACUGGUAUCAAUGUAUAUUGUUUCUAAAAGUAUUGAAGAUUAUAAUAAAUGUUUCUACUAGUUAGAUAAUAUGUUUUAUCAAAUAAAGAAUUUAAUUUUGAUAAUCAUUAAUCAUA